GUAGAGGUGAAAGUGGCGGCUGCGUGUGACUUUGUGCGGCCGCUGCUCGCUGCUUUAGCAUUCUCAUACCCCCGCUGUCGACCUUUGGAUUCUCGGGGCGGGUAGAGGCAGCUCCGUCGACUCCGGUGCCAAUUGGCUGCGCUCUUCUCUUCUCCGCUUCCUAUUGCACACACUGUGUGGCCCAGACACAGCAGACAGCGCGCACACAUACACACACACACACCUCGUGUUUUUACACACAGACACGCACGUUAUGUGGCACGAGUGUGCGCGAUGCUGCAGGAGCCCAAAGUCCCCCCCGCCACCCCCCUCGGUCCGUGGCCGCUCUCUGUUCGUAAUGUUUGAAGAGUAACGAGGUUAACCAGCGUCCAGUCGACCUCUCGCUGCGGACUGUUGAGCCCCGCGAGAGCCAGGAAGAGCGAGCGGGCGGACAGACAGUCUCAGGCGGACCGGGCGGAGGAAGGAAGUCGCCCGCUGGAGCAGCAUCGGACCUACGGCCAAAGCACGCAGCCAUGACCGAGAAACGGAUGUCGCGGUGGUAUUUCGGUGGGCUGGCGUCGUGCGGAGCUGCGUGCUGCACGCAUCCUCUGGACCUGGUGAAGGUACACCUGCAGACGCAGCAGGAGGUGAAGAAGAGGAUGUUGGGGAUGGCCAUGCAGGUGGUGAAGAACGACGGCGUGCUGGCGCUCUACAGUGGCCUCUCUGCCUCCCUGUGUCGACAGAUGUCCUAUUCCCUCACCAGAUUUGCAAUCUAUGAGACCGUGAGAGACAUGUUGGGGAGCACGAGCCAGGGCCCGAUGCCCUUUUACCAGAAAGUCUUGCUGGGAGCCUUCGGAGGUUUCACUGGGGGGUUUGUUGGCUCGCCAGCAGACAUGGUGAACGUCAGGAUGCAGAAUGACAUGAAGCUCCCACCAGAACUGAGGAGGAACUACAAGCACGCCAUCGAUGGCCUCUUCAGAGUCUUCAGAGAAGAGGGUCUGAGGAGAAUGUUCUCAGGAGCCACCAUGGCCUCCAGCAGAGGAGCGAUGGUCACUGUGGGACAGUUGGCGUGCUACGACCAGGCCAAGCAGCUGGUGCUGGGAACGGGCAUGAUGGGAGACAACAUACUCACGCACUUUAUUUCCAGCUCCAUUGCUGGAGGCUGCGCUACAUUCUUGUGUCAACCUCUGGAUGUGAUGAAGACGAGGCUGAUGAGCUCCAAGGGAGAGUACACGGGGGUGGCACACUGCUUCAAAGAAACCGCCAAGCUUGGUCCUCAGGCAUUUUACAAGGGCCUCGUCCCCGCAGGGAUCCGCUUGAUUCCUCACACAGUGCUCACCUUCAUCUUCCUCGAGCAGCUCAAGAAAUACUUUGGCAUUCGCAUCAUCUCCUGAGUUCUGUGACGAGCCGCUCUUCAUCCCCCUCCCCCCAACAACACUGCCCCCCCCAACAGCCCGUCAUCGCUCUACUCUUUAUGAGAAAAGAAGGGAAAAGCAGUGUGCAGUUUAUUUCAUUUCAUGUUUUUUUUCUUCUUCUUCUUCUUUUUGCUCUACGUUUAUCUCACACACCACCUUCUAGAAAGAACUAACGAUUUCCUCUUUCGGCUUGGAUUAUGAAAUAUGAGAAGAAAGAAGGUGCUAAAUAUGAAGGUGCUUCAAAUGGGGUUACUAGAGUCACCUGCCGGAUUUAGAGCGACGAUAAAAAAAUGAGCUCAGGCGGAUGUUCAAUGUAGUUGUCCAGCGUCAGUUCAGGUGGGGUUAGUUAGAUGUAUUAAUUUGAACUAAUUCCAAAUCCGAUUGAGUGAUUAAAGUUGAAUUUAAUGAUACUCAAGUCCAGUAGUGGCGAGCGGCGCCUUCAGGGCUCAACAUUCAUGAAUGUGUUCCCUAUUAAUCCUCUGAAACGCCUCAUUGGUGUCAUAUGAGGCCGGGACAGAGUUUGAGAUAGAGCAGAAGUGCAAACAAACACAGUGUAGCCUCAUCAUGAUCUUCUACAAUCUAUACUAUUUCCCAAAAGGCCAUUAAUGAGGCACGACUGAAGAAGCUUAUGUAGUUGCAUAGUGAUCAUUCCUAACCGUGGUGAACCUGUGUGACGCACCCUGAAUGAAACGGCAGAUGCGUUUUUAGCUUUUUUUCUUCUCCAAAUUCAUGUUUUAUGACUGGAAAUCAUCUACGGACCGGUUGAAAUGCGGCUUACCCUUUUGACCCGAUACCUCAUUCCGAAUUCCUCUUUAAAUCGUUUCCCGCUUUGAUCUUUUUGGAGAAGAGGACCAAGUUUGUUUUGUCUUGUGUGUUUUAAAUAAGGAGUUUGUGGGGAAACUGAAGCAGAACGAGCAGACUGGUAAAAGGUACAUUUGGUAUUUUUUUUUUUAGUUUUCCAGUCCCAGUAAAAUUCUGCAUGACCACUUCAACUCUUAAAAAGCUCUCACUGUACGAAUAGAGACGCUUGUAGAGGGACGGCUGGACUGAACGAGCGUACGUGUAGCUUUUCCAUCCGCAAUGUUACUGUCCCGUCAAACUUUAUGACUCAGGAUGCAACUCUGUUUUAUAAGGCACUUUAUUAAUAUCCUUGACUAACCCGCUGCAACGCGCUCUGAAAAUACGACAUUAUAUCGGAUAUGUUAAAGUUCACAAUGUUAAAAGGUCCCGGUUGAGGUCAGUGUGUGAUGUGUUUGACAAGUCUGGCCUCGGUUCAGUGAUACGAUGCAUUCUCUGUACUGUGCCUGCUCUCUUGACGGAGACCUCGUCAAGCCAUGGUGCCUUACAGCGCGUGUCCUCCAGGGGGCGGCAUAUGCCAACAAGAUGAACUGUGCUGUCUCUCUCUCAGGCAUUCUUUGAAGCCCUGCACCUUCAUCCAAGGAUGCGUUUAUAGAAUAUAAAGAAAGAGCCACGUGCUCAUAGAGACCUUUCAUAAUGUGACUGCAUGGUGUUACGCUCAGCACCGUGAGGUCCUGUAGAUCAGCCACAGUGACUCAUUUCAACCACAGCUUUUAUUCAUAUGCACAGACAUGCAACUGGAGGGACCCACAGAUCUGGGUGGUGUGAAUAUAUAUUUUGUUGACUACUAAUUUCUUGAUUUGGGAAUUAAACUACUAAUGAAAAACA